GGGGAGGGACACACAUUUUUUUUCUUUUGGAGCGAUUAUUUUCGAAAAUAUUAACUAAAUCAUAAAAAUAUUGUUGGAGACGUGGAGACUAUUGGUUUCAAAAGACUAUCCAACGAUACCCCAUGUUACACCAUUCGAUUAAAGCCAAAAACAUCGAAAAAAAUUGUAUGGGAGAGGUACCCUACAAAAAUUCUAUUUGUAGUUUAUAUUUUACUGUUCUGUUCCGUGAUUUAUGUAUCCAUGCAAAACUGCAGCUUUCUAGCACUAACUAGCAGGGAGCAAAGCCGUGGACGGACAGAUAGGUGGACAGGGCGCAACUAUAAGUUGACCACGGAAUCCUAAUAUAGGAAAUGGUUCUUAGGGUUUAUCUUUCACUUUUUUUAAUCGGUUGAAUCAUGAAUAAUAUAUCCAGUCAAACAACUUUGUUAGUAAAAAGGCGCGAUUUUAAAAUUUUCUAUUCGUGUCUACAUUUUUGCUACUGACGGAAGUGGCUUGAAAGACUAUAUUCAUUUUUGACGAUGGAUGUAUGGAAAACACCUUUCAAGAUGAAACUCUAAUAAAAUGUAAACGUAACAUUGUAAUAAACCCUCUUCUUGAGUUUCAGAUUAAAGUAUUCUCUGUGCUCUGUGUUGAUUCGGGUAAAACGUUAUCUGUACUGUACAGUCAGCAUCAAAAGUAGCGGAUGAAACAACGCACCAAAAGUAUCUGAUAUUUCGGAUAAAUUUUCGAAAUAUACAUAAAUCUCUAAAAUUCACGUCCAAAAGUAUAUCUUUUACAGUCUAAAUUGUUCUACAUACAGAACUAUUACUUUUUGUUAAGCUGUUACAGAAUGGUAGAUACUUUUGAAGCGUUGUUUGAUCCGCUACUUUUGAUGCUGACUGUACCUAAGUAUAAACCCUGCCCUGCGGUAUUUCUGGACCGAUACGACCAGAACUCCGACACUAAAAGAGUGUAAUCCCAUCUUAAAGGCUGGCAACGCACUUGCAACCCCUCUAGUGUUGCACUGCCGUGUUAUGAUAAUACACCGGACAAGUGCGAGUCGGACUCGCCCACCGAGGGUUCCGUACUUUUUAGUAUUUGUUGUUAUACCGGCAACAGAAAUACAUCUUCUGUGAAAAUUUAAACUAACUAUCACGGUUCAUGAAAUACAGCCUGGUGCCAGACGGACGGACAGCGGAGUCUUAGUAAUAGGGUCCCGUUUUACCCUUUGGCUGCGGAAACCUAGCACCUAAUUUUCAGAAAUCGCGAAAUACUAUUUAAUAUACGGCCUUAGUCUGUUUCUUGGUUGGUACAAUCUUUUAUGCUGUUAAGUUGGUACUACUUCUCAGCUGUCAUAAUCAUAACCCAUCUGAUAAAUAGUGUCAAAUUGUCAAUUUGCAGACGAGUACAUGCGAAUUUAUGCAUUUAUAUUGAUUGCAUUUGUAUAAAAAACCAAGAGUGCUACUUUUUUGGUGGUUAGAUACAGUUAUAAAAAAUGCCGGAAUUUGACCUCAAAGAUUCCCUCAUAACAUCACUUAAUGAUGCCGAGCGCCCUAUUUUGAUGUAAUUCUGUGCUGUCACGAGUUUGGUCCGGUUUUGUCUUCUCUUAAAAUGAAAAACGGGGAUCCAAUUAUCUUUGCCCAAGAGCCAUGGCCGGACAAUGUGAAGCUGUUCCAGCCAUACGAGGUGGAGCAAAUACUGCUCCCGGAUAAUGCUAGCUGCCUGGCCGUUCAGGCCUUUUUGAAAAUGUGUAACCUUCCCUUCGAAGUGGAGAUGCGCUGGAACGCCGAGUUCAUGUCGCCUUCCGGCCGCGUACCCUUCAUCAAGUGUGGGGCGUUCGUAGUCUCAGAGCUAGAGCCGGUGGCUCAGUUUGCUGCCAAUAAAGGUGUCUCACUCUGCAGCCAGCUGAGCUCCGAGGAGAAGGCUGAGAUGCGCGCAUACAUGAGUCUUAUUACUAAUGUGCUGGUCAACGCUGAGCUGUGGAUAUCCUGGAUUGACGACGAAACCUACAACGCAGUGACCAAAGUGCGCAACUCUUCGGUGUACCCAUGGCCGCUUGGCUGGAUCCAGACUCGAACCAAGCGCAAUAUGGUGGCUAAGCGACUCAAGGCACUGCAUUGGCAUGACAAGACCUUAGACCAAGUUCUAGCUGAUGUGGACCAGUGCUGCAAUUCGCUGAGCCAGCGUUUGGGAGACAAGGACUAUUUCUUUGGAACCCCCACCCCCCUGGACGCCCUCAUCUACGGCCAUAUUCGCGCGCUGCUCGGGGCCUCUGGGCCUCGCGCCGCGCUCAUGAUGAGGCCUAUAACUACGGCGCUGCUGUUUCAUAUGCUGCGGGUGGCCAAUCUGACGCAGAUGACUUUGACGCCACAAGAAGAGAACCUAGUGUCGCAAGUGUCCCAGCUGCGACAGUCACCGGAGCGCCCCCGAAUAGUUCCACGCAACACCAGCUCACGCUUGUCUGCCAGUCUUCGGUCGUGGGACGGACAGCGCGGGGACAAUACCUUGGGUUAUGGCUUCAAACCAUUUGCAAGCAAGCAAAUAAAUUUAUCAGCUACCAAGGAAGGCCUAACAUGCCAACCUCCAACAAGACUAGUUCGCUACGAAGAAUCAUAUGCUUGCGUAACACAAAUCCUAGAUAAAGUCCUCGAUAAUCUAGACUUGGAGAAAGAUGAUAAGGAGUUUGAUUUCGUUGAGUUUAGCAGCUCGGAAAUGGGUGAUGUGAAGACAAAUUUGGAUAGGAUUGAGGAAGAUUUCUUGGUUCAUUCUGAGACUGAUGAUACUUCGGAAGCUACUGAUAUUCUGGAGAAUGAAUCCGGUUCCGUUCAGGAUUCGAGUAUUCAAGAAUUGGAUGCCGACAGCAACAGCCGUCUGGCUGUCACAGAAACGCCUGUCGGCUCUGAAAUUACUUUCGUUCCUGAGACUGAAGACUCCGAAGCCACCAUGAAGAGUUCGAGCAGCGAGAAUAUUCGUGUUAAGAAGCUGAUGGAAUACAUUCGGCAGAAAAACGCGGAAUUUAACAUCGGCCCGCAAGUGGCCGAUGUGGACUGAUCUAUGUUUUUGGCAAUUAUUGUUUUGUUGUUGGUGUUUAGAAAUAUACGGGAAAAGUUAUGUUCAACUUA